AUGAAAAAUUUGGUAGAUGAAAUAUGGACCAAUUGUCCACCAGCAGAGAUUAAAGCGGUCGUCGUACAGCCGUUAGAGUUUGCAGGUCGCUCUGUCAUAGAUAAGUUGCUAGAUUUGAGAAAGAAAUUUGUACAGGAGCAUGCUCAAGGAUUAGUUGUAACAACACUCGAUGAAGUUGCUUGGUUGUACGUGUCUAUUAAGGUAAAAACUCAUUUAGAGGAGAAUGGAAUUGAAAUUAAAGAGUAUACAGAAGUAAGCAUAGACGUGGCAUUGCUUGCAACUAAUGAGCUUGAUUCUGUGUCUACUACCAAAAGUUUAAAAGGUAAACAUCAAACAGGAGAAGAGAGUAGCAACCUCAUAUGGGAUGAUCCAACUUCAUGUUGUUGUGCUUUGUAUUCAAAACUGAACCCUGAUACAGUUCUCUUGCAACAAUCACCUCUGGCUCUUCCAAAAGCUUUAAAGGUUGAACCGCAAGGGAGCUGGUGCUGGAACUAA